CCGGGUUUAGCGCCACCGGCUGCCUGCGGCUGCUGAGCGCAGGUCGAGUGCUCCCGGUGGGCUCACGCGGUGACUCAUAGUGGGAAGCUGUCCUCUCGGGUUUGGGGGUUCGAGUCUCCGUGCUCAGCGUUUGCAGGUGCUCAGUGUUUUCAGCCCCAGCUACACGUGAGCUUCCCUUCCCCUGCUGUUUACAAGCUGAAACCGGCCCGGGCGUGCAGGGUGAGAAGGAGCGGAGCUGUGUUCACCGGAAUCAGAGCGGAUCCCUUUGCACCUUAAAUAAGAGCGAGCAGCACCCGUUGGGUCCCCGCUCGUGGCUGCAGGCUGCUGGGGAAUUUUCAGGAUGGAGAAGUCUUGUCCAAAAAGCUACGGAAGACACAGCCUGUUUUGAGGCGGCAUUGAAGCAGCAGGUCCUGGAGUAGAUGACUGGCCUGUGACAUCACCCCCUGCCGUGCUCUAAGGAAAACUCUGCUGGACCUCUGAGUCAGGAAGGCUGUGUAAAUGCUGUCACUGGCGUGAUGUCCCGGGAGACGAAUGCGGAAUGCCAGCAGCCCCAGGGCGGCAGCGCCUCCUCGCAGUCACAGGGGCUCUCCUCUCAGUCUCAGGGUGCGUCCAGCUCUUCCGCCAGCGCCGCGGCCAGCCAGUCCUCUCACUCCAGCUCGGGGACCCUGAGCUCCUUAGACACAGUGUCCACCCAGGAACUCUCCUGCAUCCCUGAGGACCCAGAGCCUGAGGAGCCAGUGCCCGCCCCCUGGGCUCGACUGUGGGCCCUUCAGGAGGGGUUCUCCAAUCUUGAGUGUGUUAACGACAGCUAUUGGUUUGGGAGGGACAGAAGCUGUGAAUACUGCUUUAAUGAGCCACUGCUGAAAAAAACAGACAAAUACAGGACUUACAGCAAAAAACACUUCCGGAUUUUUCGAGAAACAGGCCCCAAGAACUCUUCCAUCGCAUACAUAGAGGAUCAGAGUGGGAACGGAACCUUUGUGAAUAAAGUGCUCGUAGGGAAAGGGAAGCGCCUUCCGUUGCAUAACAAUGCAGAAAUCGCCCUGUCCAUGUGGAGCAACAAAGCUUUUGUCUUUUUAGACCUGACUGUAGAUGACCAGUCCAUUUACCCUAAGGAAUUAAGAGAUGUCUAUAUCGUGUCUAAAACUCUCGGAAGUGGUGCAUGUGGAGAGGUGAAGCUGGCUUUCGAGAGGAAAACUUGUAAGAAAGUGGCCGUGAAGAUCAUUAGCAAGAGGCAGUUUGCUGCUGGCUCUGAGAGGGAGGCAGAUCCGGCUCUCAAUGUUGAAACAGAAAUAGAGAUUUUGAAGAAACUAAACCAUCCUUGCAUCAUCAAAAUCAAAGACUUUUUUGAUGCUGAAGAUUAUUACAUUGUUUUGGAAUUGAUGGAAGGCGGAGAGCUUUUUGACAGAGUGGUGGGGAAUAAACGCCUCAAAGAAGCUACCUGCAAACUCUAUUUUUACCAGAUGCUCCUGGCUGUAAAGUACCUUCACGAGAACGGCAUCAUACACCGGGACUUGAAGCCAGAGAAUGUUCUGUUGUCAUCUCAGAAAGAAGACUGUCUUAUCAAGAUUACUGAUUUCGGUCAGUCCAAGAUCUUGGGGGAGACCUCUCUUAUGAGGACCUUGUGCGGGACCCCCACCUACCUGGCCCCUGAGGUUCUGGCUUCAUUUGGAACUGGAGGCUAUAACCGGGCCGUGGACUGCUGGAGUUUGGGAGUGAUUCUUUUCAUUUGCCUUAGCGGGUAUCCACCUUUCUCUGAGUAUAAGACCCACGUUUCCCUGAAGGAUCAAAUCACCAGUGGAAAGUACAACAUCAUUCCUGAAGUCUGGGCAGAAGUCUCAGAGAAGGCUCUGGACCUUGUCAAGAAGUUGUUGGUUGUGGAUCCAAAGGCUCGUCUUACAACAGAAGCAGCCUUAAGACAUCCAUGGCUUCAGGAUGAUGACAUGAAAAGAAAGUUUCAGGAUUUGCUUUUUGAAGAAACCAAGUCAGCAGCUCUACCACAGGUGUCAACCCAGCCCUCCACAAGUCAGAAGCGGCGUUUUGAAGGGGAAGGGGAGGAUCCUGACACCAGGAAGCGCCUGGCUGUGUGUGCUGCUGUCUCCUGAACGCAGGUUGAGUGGGAAGAAAUGGUCUCCUUCUGUCCGGCGAGGUAGUCUGCAGUAACGCACAGGCCUGCCUGAGGCCCCAGAUUCGACUCCAGGCCCACGUACGCCGGAGCUGAGCAGUGUUGUAACUCCUCACCAAAAUAAGUAAUAGAAUAAAUGGAAAAAGAUGUG